AGCUCGCCGACGUGCCAGCACAAGCGGAUACUUUCCACGCGUACAGCACAUUCUAAAACACCCUGUUGUGAACUCGGUAGUGAGUGCAUAAAGUGCCAAAAAGCAGAGUCUAACAAACACCAGCUACCACCAUUAUGUCUGUCUUGCGGACAUUGGCACUGUUGGCCAUCGGAGCCACCGUCGUGCUGGCUCAGCGCCGUCUAGCCCUGCCGGAUCCCCGCAGCUGCGCCAACCGUGUGCGACAUGCGACGUACCGUGACGCCCGUGGAGUAGCGCAUUCGUACUUCUUCAGCUGGGAACAUGCACCGACCCGCAGCUUGGAGGUCGACUGGCUAGACGCACGAAACAUCUGCCGGCGACACUGUAUGGAUGCGGUCUCGAUGGAAACACCGCAGGAGAACGAGUUCAUCAAGCAGCGCAUCGCCCGCGGUAAUGUGCGGUACAUCUGGUCGUCCGGACGCAAGUGCAACUUUGCCGGAUGCGACCGUCCGGAUCUGCAGCCACCGAACGAGAACGGCUGGUUCUGGUCCGGAUCGGGCGUCAAGAUUGGACCGACCACCCAGCGCAACACCGGCGACUGGAGCUACACCGGCGGAUACGGCCAACAGCAACCGGACAAUCGUGAAGCUGCUCAGGGUAAUGACGAAUCUUGCCUUUCGAUCCUGAACAACUUCUACAACGAUGGACUGAAGUGGCACGACGUUGCCUGCCACCAUCUGAAGCCAUUCGUGUGCGAAGAUUCGGACGAGCUGCUGAACUUUGUGCGCUCCCGCAACCCGGGCAUCCGUCUGUAAGCACAUCUCGUCGCUGUAGUACGCAAUCUGUGCGAUUGUGCAUGCAGUAUCAACACCAACACACGCAUACUACGACAAACACGGACAACAACCCAAGUGCACCCGAAACAAACAUCAUUCGCUAGUGGCAAUGUUACUGCAUUUUUAUACCGCUCAAUGUUGAGUCUCCCACCAUUACUAAUUCCUCCAUCAACAGGAAUCAGUUGAUUGGUUUCGUUUCCAUCAAUCGACCCACCAGAAAACGCAAAGUCCCAGCAACCGAGUAAUGAGAAAGCUACUAAAAGCGCAAUCAAAUAACCCUUCCAACUGGACAGGGCCGCCAUCGAAGGCAGCUGGCCGGGAUGGGGUUUAUGCAUGCGUGUGUGUGUUUGUUUUUAAAAUGUAGAUCUGUUUUGUAUUAACUCUGUUUAAUUUCUAUUUAUUGUACUAUAAGAAAGUCGUCAACCAGUUUUUUAGACUAUCGUUCAGAUCGCCAAGUGAAAGAAGACGCAGAAGAGAGCAAGUAAAGAGGGAAAUUCGCGAAAAGAUGUAUCGAAAGAUCAGAAGUUUUAGAUCAGCACUCAGUACACAUAUUUCGAAUGUUUGAAAAUGAUUAAACAACACGAAAGAAUUGGAUGUAACGUUGUUUUUAAAUUUGUAAGUUUUUGUUUUCAUUUGAUCGAGAAUAAAAAGUACGGAAAUACUG